AUGCUUUGGCUGCCACGUCUACUGGUACUUGUAAUUUUCAGCUUGAUACGAUCAGCUGUAACAGAAGGAUUGCCUCAAUAUGAGCGAAGAUACCUUCUUGAAGUCACUAAUAAGGAGGUUCUUCCUGAUGUGAGGAUAAGUGCUUUAAAUGUACUGCCCGGCUACUUUGCCGCGGACAAUGUGACGGUUCUCCACGAAUACACGAGCGAUAUAUUCGCCGGGAUUUCUCUGCGUUAUCAGACCACUGAUCACUCGUUCCAGUGGACGCGGAUAGAGGAAAGACUCGGUACUCUACAAGGGGCCUCGAAACUUUGGAAUACGAUGUCCUACUACCAAAAGGGGGUCAUGCGGACACCACCGUUCGAAGACAAACCAAAACCAAGCUCCCAUGUUGACCAACUUGAUAUUCGUUUAUCAUUAGCAGGCCGAAACCAAGAUGAAUUUUCGGCAGGGGAUGUUAAUAUCAACUCUGUACACGACAUGACCCAAGUCAGCAAGCUGCAAGCCGCGCCUCUAUCCCUUAGCGGUAAGGGCGUACGCGUCGCCCUGGUGGACGGAGGGGUCGACUAUCUUCAUCCCGCGCUCGGUGGAGGAUUUGGAGCCGGGUUUCAGGCCGACUACGGAUGGGAUUUCGUCGGCGACAAUGUCCGCCCUCCUCUCAAGGAAAACCCGGACCCAGACCCCUUCGGCGAAUGCUCUGACCACGCGACGCACACAGCGGGUAUUCUUUUUGCCAAUGACACCGAGACCGGGUUCCGCGGUGUCGCCCCAGGAGUCUCAAUCGAACUUUACCGAGUGUUUGAUUGCAAUGGGAUGAGCACGUCGGAUGUUGUUGUGAGAGCUGUCCUGGAAGCUUACGAGAGAGGCGUUGACCUCAUCAAUCUGUCCCUCGGCAGCGGCUCGAGACCCUUUUCAGACGACCCUCUUUCGGCUCUCGUCUCAAGAAUCAACAGGGCUGGCCCAACUUUUAUUGUUACUGGAGCCGGUAACUCAGGUCAUUACGGGUCAUUCUCGGCGGCUGCACCAGAAGGAGGUGGUCCCGAGGUGUUCUCAGUCGGCGCUGUUGACGUUGACCACUCAUUCUCGGUGCUGCGACCAGGCCGUGCCACAACAAAUGAUAGCGGGUCGCCCCAUACUCAAAACUUCACCUGGAAUCCGCCGACUUGGACUGCAUGGUGGCGUAGCUCGUUUCCCAAGACCAUUCCCUUGGUGAGCAUAGAGUCAGCGACCGGAGCUGAGGAUGCAGGCGACGCAUGCGAAGGCUUGACUCCAGACCCAGAACUCUACCACGACAAGGUGGUACUGAUACGACGAGGUGGCUGCGCUUUCAAGACCAAGUUGGAAAACCUCGUGCUCGCUGGCGGACAGUAUGUGCUUAUAUAUGAUGACCGCCCUGGACCGGUCUUCGACUUAGAGGUGCGACUGGAUGACAAUGAAAUUAUUGGGGCGGGAAGCCUCGACCUUGAGACUGGUAAACAACUGGCUGCUCUUCUCAAAGAUGGGAACGAGGUGUUACUGGAGAUGGACUCCGACUUCCUGUCCCCGGCGAUCAUCAGAUCGCACCCAAACACCGAAACAGCCGAUCGCGUGAGUACCUUCAGCUCCUGGGGUCCAUCGGGGGAGGGACACUUCGUCCCUACAUUGCUUGGCCCUGGCGGAAAUGUGCUAUCCACUCUUCCUAGACAGCGCGGCGGCUGGGGCAUCCAGUCCGGGUCCUCUAUGGCCGUUCCCUAUAUCACCGGUUGCAUUGCCUUGCUCAAAGAGGCCUUUCCAGAACUGAGCUGUCGACAGAUUGCAAACAAUUUGGUCAAUACCGCAGAUCCCCUGCCAUUCAAUGAUGGCACGAAUAAGACUUUCAACUUUCUUGCGUCCGCUUGGCAGCAAGGAGCCGGACGGGUGAACGCGUACCGAGGUUUCCAGAGCAGUACUGCGAUUAAUACGACAAGUCUCGCCUUCAAUGACACCGAAUAUUCUACAGGGCCAACCACAUUUUCCAUCACCAACUUAGGCACCGGUGCUGUUGAAUAUGAAUUGUCGCACUUGCCGGCAGUGACAGUGCUCUCUCUUUCCGAAAGCCAAGGAGAUAUAUAUCCUAUCCCUUUCUCCUCUGCUCAAAAAGCCGCGGAAGCAACUCCAGAAUUUCUCGAAAGCAUCAGAUCUGAGAUUUAUGCUGAACUUGAUAUUUCUGUCUCGAGACUAUCCCUUGGACCAGGCCAGUCUUCAACGAUUAAAGUCUCUCCGAAAUUGGCGAAUCUAAGAAGCUUCAACCUAGCCUCGCGUUGCCCUCUCUACAGCGGAUAUUUAAAGCUUUCCAGCAACAAAUCUACUGAAAGGCCGGAUCUCGUCGUACCUUACGGUGGAAUCGCGUGCGAGAUACGCUCCGUACCAACACUAGCUGUCGCCCGAAAUACAACCUUUCUAGCAGCAGCUACUCAGGAAGAUGCGGACAUGGCCUCCUUUCGCUCCAGAUUCGCUGGAAAACAGUAUCUUCAAGCCGUGCCUCCGGGCCAUACCUUCCAACUUUCAAAGGAUAAAGACCUGUCUGCACCAGAUGCUUACACGUCUGUGGUGUUGCCAACCAUGCAGGUGGACCUCACCAUGUACACUCGCGCCGUCAAGUUUGACCUUCUUCCGAGAGAUUCUUCUACAGAGGCCGAGAAAGCCGGGGAAGCCAUUCCAUUGUUUGAAAGUGGCGAAAUCUAUCCAGUCGGUGGGUUUGGGCGUAUCGAGACCUUAUUUCGGCACUGGACCGGGAUUCUGCCGAACGGCAGCUGGGCGUCCCCCGGCGAGUACCGCAUUCGGAUCUCUACUCUUCGCUUGUUCGGUGACCCCAACAGCGAAGACUUCAGAGAUCAAUUCACCACCGAGCCCUUCCGCAUCAAAUAUAAAUCACAUCCGGCUUAUGACAAAUAUGAGAAGAUGAUGAGCAUCGCCCAGGCCUUUUUAAAAUCCAGUCUCGACAGGCCAUGUCUUGAACACACAAUUUUGACCUUGGAUGCAACUUGA